AUGGCUAAAUCAUUAAGAUCAAAAUCAAAGUUACAAGCCAAAAGUGUGAAGAGAAAAGGAGAAUUUUCAAAAUUUGUAGAUGAUAGAAAUAAAAGAAUAGCAGAUAAAUUAUUAAUAGAGACUGCAAAACAAGAAGAAGCUAAAAAACAAAAGAAAGCCAAUGAAGUAAAUCAAGUUGAAGAAGAAGAACCAAUAAAAGAAGAAUCAAUGGAUGUUGACAAUACAAAAGAUAACAAAAAAAUAAGUACAUCUGGGUGGAGAGAUUCAAAUUCUCAAAGAUAUAAACAAAGAAAACAAAAAAGUGGUAAAAUUAGAAAAAGAGGUUAA